CCAUUUGGCUUCCUCUCUGAUCGUGAAGAAUUGAAGAUGCCGUCACACAAGACCUUCAGGAUCAAGAAGAAGCUGGCCAAGAAGAUGAGGCAUAACAGGCCUAUCCCUCACUGGAUCCGUAUGAGGACUGACAACACCAUUAGGUACAAUGUGAAACGCAGGCACUGGAGGUGUACGAAGCUAGGGUUUUAAGGUCGAAGCAUCUGCUUGUUCAUGUUCUAAUCAAGUGUUUU